GAACACGUACACUGUCGGUGUGCUAUUUGAUACUGGAGUAACAUUACUGACGUGCUCACAUGUACACUCAACAGGCUGUAAACAUCAACAAGUACAGACUGCGUUAACAUUAAUACAUGUGCACAUCACACAAUGUAAGAAGGAUGUAAAGCUUACAAGGAAGUGGAAGUUAAUCCUCACUACAGUACUGACUCAGAACCAUGGAUUUACUGUCAAUCCUGCAAAGCAACUUGAGUCCAACCAAGAAAUUGGAAUCUGCCAUCCUUCAAAACAAUGUGGCCUUGUUAGAGAAAACCUUACAAACUGGGAUUGAUGUAAACAGUAGGUUACAGUUACAGGGAGGGAACACAGCGCUCCAUAUAGCAUCUCGACAGGGUUAUCGUCAUUGUGUUGCCAAACUCCUGGAAUAUCAUGCCGACCCAGACAGGAAGAAUGAUUUCAACAUUAACUCCAUAACUGUAGCUUUCCAACAGAAAAACUCCCAGUGUCUGUGGCUACUUCUGCAGAAAAGUCGUGAAUGGAUGAAUCUCGGUUCAUUUUGGUUAGAAGAUGAUGUAGCAGGAUUGUUGUGGAACACUACGGACAGCUCCAUGGAUACUCUAGUUUCUGUACUCAUUAAAGCAACACCAGAUUUAUCACAAACUCGGAGUAAUUUAAAACAAAACCUAUUUUACAGGUGUAAAGAUACAAACUUAGAAAAGUCUCUGAAAAUUUGGAGAAUGACCGAAGACAUGGACAGUGAAUCAUUUGUUACAAAUAAAAAAUCUGCUUUCAAUCAAAAUGAAGACUGGCAAAAGCAGUUUGUUGAAUGGAUGAAUCAAUAUAACAAAACUCCCAAAUCUUUAUCUCAUUAUGCGAGGCUGGUGAUUCGGAAAAGCUUCCAUGCUAACUGUAAUGUGUGUUAUGGAGCAAGUCAGCUUCCUAUUCCGACCUCACUCAAACAGGAUGUAAUGAUGACCUGUGAUUAGUCAUCAUGGCGGUUUUCAAACUGCACCAACAGUAUCUCACCAUCUGUGAUUACACCAUGUCUAUCUAUUUACCUUGAAAACAAGGGUGUAAUUACCAUAUAUACAUUACGAGUCCCACGUAAUGUUGUCCUUGUUACACAUGGUUGGAAAAAACAGUCUAUUCACUAUAUCAUGGAUUAAACAAGAGACAGGCAAUGGAAAAUGUAUAACAUAACUCCUCUAGUUGAGCAACUGUAACAGUACUUUGUAUUUUCUAAAACAAAAAUACAAAAAGGACCAGUCAAUCCAGAUUUCUAUAAUUAUGAUAUUAAGGAAAUAAUCUGCAGACUGUAUCUAAAAUUCACCAGUAGUUCUGUCCUAUACUGAAUAAGUUUGUAUGUUAAUUGUUAUAAAAUAACAUAUCAAACAUAUAAGUAUAAAUCUUGAAUCCCUAGGGUGGUCCAGAUACGGGGAGUUCUAUAAUCAAUAUAAGGGAUCUGUGAUAUCUUUAACAAUGAGAUCUUACUUGCUGUUCCAAUUCACUAAAUAGUUUACUUCUUUACCUCAUAGAAAAGACCCAUGCCUACUUUGGUAUGAAAAAGAGGAUUGAACUUAUAGGACUUUACCACAUCUUACUAUCAUAUGAUAAAUUUUGUGAUCCAGGUAAGAAUAUUGCUACAGUAUAUAUAUAUUAUGUCAACAUUAUAGUGCAAUAUAAAAAUUAUAAAACAUUUUAAGUUAAAAAUUGCAUAUAAAUGAAUAUCCUUUGUUCAAUACACUACAUGUACAUUUCAAUAAGAGAUAGUAUGUAUCGUAUAAUAAAGUAAUCUGUAAGUAUUGUU